GUGACGAUUUUCUGCCAAGUGUAGCUUCCAUGUUUGGAUGUAUUUGUGUAGGCUUACGCACAUUUCUAGUUCUAGAGGAGCGCACAGUUUUUAUUAGGCUUGUUUCUUUAAUACUUAUGCAUUUCUGCAAGAUCAUUGCCACUUAACAUCAGCAUACGCGCUGUAUCCAAAGCAUAUGACAACGUUUCCUUUCUUGAGAUGCCUGAGCUACCGCGCGUUGUAAUACUCCGUGGAAUCCAGCGCGGUGUUGACUGGAGACCCACGCAGCUGGCCGAUCACCUCCCCUCGGCUCUGCAGGAUUGUAGUUUGUGCGGUGGUGUGGAGCCGACAACGAUUACACUUCCCUGCUCGCACGCCUUCUGCGACAACUGCCUCCGAGCGAGCAAGGAAUCUGAAGACGGCGAGCAUCUUUGCGUGCUCGAUGGCCGACCGUUUGUUCUUGACGAAAAUGUUGUCCGGAAGAAAUGUUCCACGAAAGAUGCUGCAUUCAUAAAGGUAGCGUGCUGGAACUCUUGUUACGGGUGUGAUUUUAUAGGGCCUGUCUCACUCUUGCCAGAACAUUUUGAAGAGGACUGUAAAUUCCAUCCAGCUGUGUGUCCUCGGUGCAAGGUGACGAUGCUACUGGCGGAUCUCCCAGGUCAUUACCGGUCGUCCUGCACGGCGCCUCUUGAAUGGACCGAGCCGGCUCCUCGGAGUACUGAGUUAAAUCGCUCUACAUCGCGCAGCACAUGGGGCGAAGAUGUCACACUCACAGCUCACGACACACUGGUCGGCUUGGAAUCAAGGAUGAACGAACUGGUGGAGUAUGUAAGAAACCUUGAUACAAAAUCCACUGAUAUGAGUUUGAGCCUGAGUGAAGUCACAGAAAUCCUGCGGCAAAUGGCUUCGACUACGUCGGAGUCAGCUGGUUGCUCAGGCAACCAAGCUGAGUGCGCCACUUUGUCAACCAAUCCACACGAAAACGUACCACUUGGCGUACUACAAACAAGCGAGAGCGAAAGCGCCGAAGCGUCAGUGGCUUCCACACCUUCUAGCUCUGUAGAAGAUGACACGCUGUCAGAAGCACGCGGAAGCAUACGUGCAGAAUUAUUGCCUAGAGCCAUGUAUUCUGUGCCUGUACCGCGUCUUGCCUUGAGGAGGCAAACAACGCAGUUGACACAUUACAUGCCAGAUCGAGAGCGUGCCGACAGAGAAAAGAAAGCGUUCCUCGUUUUUUUCAGGAGAAGAAAGGCAGCGAGUUCCGGCUCUGCUUCGGAUUUCAUGCCUCUCUAUGACCUACUUAAACGUGGUAUAGAACUCUCUGUUCCGGAAACCUGGACAGCCAAAGUUGCCUUGGAUAGCAACAAAGGCUGUCAUGUGAAAAUCGUCAUUUUGGAAGAAAACUCUGCGCUGGACGUCUAUGCGAAAGUUGAAGAGCGCCGGAAAACAUUCAAUCCUUGGAAGGUGGAGUCUGUGAGGUUGGUGCACCCAGGCGAAAGUGCCCUUCUCUCAGCCUCUAGUGGCAGCCAUCCACUGGAACCAACAUGGACACAUUCUAGAGCUGCUCGUCUGAAGUUCCCAGCUAGCGGGUAUGGAUUCUACGGGUCCCACAGGUUCGAAGCUAUGUGCAGGCGAGGUUUCGUAGAGGGUAACGAUACAGUGACGUUCUGUGUGACGCUCAUGCGCAAGUGGAACGCGCCCGUGGAAUCCACCGCAGACGCAGCACCAUAAACUGCGUUAGCAGUUCAAUGAGCCGAUGCGUAGGUUUCAUUCACUUGUUUAGAGCAUUUCAGAAAUUGUUUGAUAUCUGUGACACGUCUGCAUAAAUAAUACAUCUCUAUUCCUUCGAAGCUUACAAUGUGCGCGAAUGUAAGUUCUUUAACGAAACGAGAACGUCGAGUUGACUGUUUUGCAUACUGAAAUAAAUUUUCACGUCAGAAAGGUAAAUUAUUUGGCACGCGUAAAACGCGCACUAGAUCGGGCAUAUAAACAAAAAAGGCAAGCGUAUUCUUAUAAAGUUAGCACUCGGGUGUAGUAUAUUGUACAUUCUUCGUCGAGAAAUGGCAGAGUAUACAUAAAUGCUAUUGCAUACGAAU